GCUCUCAUUCCGCGCAUACUUCACAUCGCUGUAGAUACUCCGAAUAUUUGCAUUCACAAACCGGGCAGGCUGUCUCGGGUGGCGGUGGGGGGAGAGAAAGGAAACCAGUCCACCGGCUUUAGCUCUGUUUCUGCUCUAAUAAGAAGCUUUCCCAGGUCAAAAGCACAGACAUUAGUGCAGAUAUUUAGGGUGUUUGAGGAGCUACAUCACUUUUGGAGGUCGUCAAAACAUUUUUCCCGGAGCCGGGGGACGCGCCAGCUGGAUUGCUAGCUAACCUAACUAGCUAACCGGGCUGCUAAAGGCACUCCACACACCCUCGACCUUAUUUCCAGUUCCUGCCUCUAGUCUUCUCCAGGCUUGGGCUUGGAGGUUCUAGCCAUUGCCAUGGAGCCAGGCAGCUGGAGCGGCAGCGAGAGUGGCGGGGAAGACAUAGAGAGAAUGAGCGACUCAGCGGAUAAACCCAUGGACAAUGACGCUGAGGGCGUGUGGAGCCCCGACAUUGAGCAGAGCUUCCAGGAAGCCCUGGCCAUCUACCCGCCCUGCGGCCGGCGGAAAAUCAUCCUGUCUGACGAAGGGAAGAUGUACGGUCGUAAUGAAUUGAUUGCCAGAUAUAUCAAACUGAGGACCGGAAAGACAAGAACAAGAAAACAGGUUUCCAGUCACAUUCAGGUUCUUGCACGAAGAAAGUCCAGAGAACUUCAUGCUAAACUAAAGGAUCAAAGCGUGAAGGACAAAGCGCUCCAGAGCAUGGCGGCCAUGUCUUCUGCUCAGAUCGUCUCGGCUACGGCCAUCCACAACAAGCUGGGGCUGGCAGGCCUUCCUCAGCCCAGCUUCCCCGGAGCACCAGGGUUUUGGCAGCUUUCAACGGGCCAUCCGGGAUCUUCACAAGACGUUAAACCUUUUGCACAGCAAGCCUACCCCAUUCAGACAGCUCUAUCAGGUUUCGAGCCCCCCUCAGUGCCAGCAGCCACUCCCCCAGCAUGGCAGGGUCGCUCUAUUGGCACAACCAAACUGCGGCUGGUCGAGUUCUCUUCAUUUUUGGAACAGCAGAGGGACCCAGAGUCUUACAACAAGCAUCUCUUCGUACACAUUGGUCAGACAAACCACUUGCACAGCGACCCACUGCUGGAGUCAGUGGACAUCCGUCAGAUCUACGAUAAAUUCCCAGAGAAGAAAGGAGGCCUGAAGGAUUUGUUUGCGAAAGGACCACAGAAUGCCUUCUUCUUAGUCAAGUUCUGGGCGGACCUGAACUGCAAUCUCCAAGAGGAUUCUGGUGCCUUCUACGGCGUGACCAGUCAGUACGAGAGUCCAGACAACAUGACCAUUACCUGCUCAACCAAAGUGUGCUCUUUCGGCAAACAGGUGGUGGAGAAAGUGGAGACGGAGUAUGCCCGUUUUGAUAACGGGCGAUUUGUCUACAAAAUAAACCGCUCGCCCAUGUGUGAAUAUAUGAUCAACUUUAUCCACAAACUCAAACACCUCCCAGAGAAGUACAUGAUGAACAGUGUGCUGGAGAACUUCACCAUCCUCCUGGUGGUCUCAAACAGAGAAACCCAGGAGACGCUGCUGUGUAUGGCCUGUGUGUUCGAGGUGUCGAACAGUGAGCAUGGAGCGCAGCAUCACAUCUACAGGCUGGUCAAAGAAUGAAACGCCUUCACUUUCUCUCACACACACAAAAACACACAAACACAAAACCCUAAGGACGCUGCUAGCUAGCUGCUGCCCUGCUCGGUCAGAGAGAGAGCUGGAGCUGAGCACUAACUCUGUCCGCAGAGAUGCGAUGUGUCGUGGGAUCAGACAGGCUCUGAGUCUGUUCCUUUUUAUUUUCAUUUUUAUUUCUUUUUGGACUUGAGUGACAAAACAGACUCAACUGAAGUGGCUGUGCCUCUGGACUUAACAAAAAAAAAACCUAGAAAGAAAAAAAAAAAAAACAUCCAGUAUGCUGUUGUCGUAUCUGGGGCUUUUAUUAAUUAUAUCUGUUAAUAUUAUUAUUAUUAUUAUUAUUAUUUUUGUGUCCUGUGUUUUCUGAAUUUACACGGGUGUGAGUGUGGGUAAAUGGAGGUACGCCUUGUUACUUGUGUAACUUUUGUUAAGUUUUUUUUUUCCAUUUAACACUGAUUAUUCUUUUAUUAUGUCACUGAAGAAUCGUCCUUGCUUAUUAACAUGUAUUUCAUAGUACAGGAACAUCCCCCCUCCCCCCAUAGAAACAAACAAUAUAACAUCUCAUCAUCUACCCUUAAAUAUCUUUAGUCAUGUUUAGUAACUUAACAGUAAAAUGAAGGAUAACGUCAACCUAUUUAAUGUUGUAUAUCAAACGCAUUUUACACGUCAUAUUUCGGCCCAUUUUAAGAUAGACAAAGUUCAAGGACAACACUAAGCUUUGAGAAUUGUUACAAUGAGUUUAUAAUUUUUUUAAAAUAAUUAACUGAUGGAUAUGCUACAGUUUAAGUGUAAUAAUUCAAACAGCGUGCAGUAGAAACGUCUGUUCAGACAGACAGAAAAGGGCAAUGUUUCACUUCAAUUAUAGUUAUAACUUAAGUUACAGUUAUAACCAAGACUUUAAUUCUACUUUGAUAAAUUGUAUUUAAGUGCAGGGUCUGGAUUCACAAGAGUAAAGGAUAAAAGUUACGUUUUUUUUGUUUUGUUUUUUUCCUGAGGAAUUUUCUUUAAAAAAAAAAAAUUCUUCUUCACUCUGCAUGGAUUUGACCAAAAAAUCGAGUACAAUGUGUCAAACAAGACACAAAUUACUUACAUAAAAUGUAAUUUUUAAUUAAAUUUAUGCAAAAAUUUGAGCAAUUUUACUGAACAUUUAAUUUAAGAAAUGUUUUUUUUUUGUUUUGUUUUUUUUAGAAGAAGGCUUUUGUGAAUCCAGCCCCAGAUCCCAGAUUCUAGUCCAAACCACUGCAGUUUGUAAUUUAAGAAGAUAUUUUGAAAUUUGAUUAGAAUUAAAGUUAGUGCUGUGCAGAAAAGUUAUUUUACAUACAACAACAAGUGACUCAUUAAUAGUGUAGUUUACCUACCUUACUUCAGUUGAGUGGUGGUCCUCUGAUGGUUGAAGUAGUGAAGAUGCUGAACUGUGCACUGCAGGGGUUCUGUUGCUCUGUAGAUCCUUCUCAUGUUUUCUACCACCUUUAUCGUGGUGUUGAGCCUUUAAACACACAACUUAUUUUUCUCCAGAUGAAGCUGUGAAUUCUCUGCUUAUGAAGAAAAGAAGCACAUAACUGGACAGAAAUGUACACAGCAGCAUAGCCAAAGCAUAGCCAUAAGAAAUUAUGGUGCCUUAGAAUAGGGGUGGGCGAUAUGGCACAAAUAUCGCAAUACUCCGCAAAUAUCACAAGACUGGGGCACCGAGUGGUCCAGUGGGCUAAACGCUGACACUAUGAUCAGGAGAUGGCUGGUUCGAAACCCGGUCAUACAGCUUGCCAUCAGCUGCCGGAGCCCGAGAGAGCACAAUUGGCCUUACUCUCUCUGGGUGGGUAGAUUGCGCUCAGCACAAGGCAUCUGUGAGCUGAUGUAUCAGAACUGAGUCGCUGAGCUUUCCUCCAAGCGUCAGCUCGGUGAUGCUUACUCUGGAUCUACUUCACAUGUGUCGGAGAGGGCUUGUGCUAGUCUUCACCCACCUUGAGCAUCAGCUGCAUAAGUGGGACCAGUGGCCUAGCUAAAUUGGGAGAAAAAUGUGAAAAAAUUUUUAGAUAAAAUGAUGUUAAAAAUAUAUAUAUAUCACAAGACCAUUACCAUUGUGAUGAAAAGCCACAGCAGUGUCUACGAAAAAUAUAUUUUACAAACUACUUACAAAUAAACUGAUUAUAUUAUUUUUCAUUACAACAUAUUAAAUAUAUAUUGUGAUGUAAUUGAUCACGCCACAUCGCCCACCCCUACCUUAGACUUUAUAAUGCAAAAUCUGUUUGUUCAGUUCUGUUGUAGGGAAGAAUAUAACUGUAUCUAUAUCUGUAAAUCCAGCGUGUUGUAAAAAUGGUGAUUGAUUAUGUAAUAUCUUUCUAUCAGGCGAAGUUGCGCACAGUGUAUCAGUAAUAUUGCCUUUCAGUAGUACACCAAAAAUAUUGCAGUGUGUCAAUUCAGUGCAGCUACGUGUCCUGUUCUACAUGUGCUGCACCAUAAAAGUGCCUUUGAUACGGACGUCUCCAGCUUAAAACAGCUGGAAAAAAGAAAAACGUGUCCAGGAAAAGGGAACACCCCAGAACGCGAGUCUGUAUCAGGAGUACAGAGCCUAGUCAUAUGGGAUGAAAUGAGAAACAUAAGGCACAUGUAUUUUGAUUUAUCAUUUUUCAAUACAAUUUGACUGACAUCAUUUAAUCCAGCAUUUAAACAUUUAGAAAAUGUUUGUGAAGGAAUUUAAAGUCCAGAUUUUUUUUUUUGGGCUGGUUGGACUUCAGUGGGUUUAGAAUUAAUCCAUUAAUAUGCCAUAUCAUCUCAGAGUGUUUGUUCAUUUUCUUCUGUUGUGAUUGUUGUCCAGUGACUUCAGCCCUCCAUGAGAGACGCAUUUGGCUUCUCUCAGAUCUGAAUAUAUUUUGUGAUGGUAAAUGAAGUAAUUCGUUUUUUUCUGAUCAUUCAUGCUGCGAUAGUGAAACUUCACUCUGUCUCUGAACUGUUUUUCUGUAAAUUAAUUUGUAAACACUGGUCCCCUCUCCUCUGAAUCUCUUUAAAUACAACAGGAAUUACAGGAAUAGACUGUUUUAUAAAACUCAUUUAAUCUCUGCUGCAUCAGGAGAGUGUAAUUAGACACCACAGACAAACUAAACUUUAAAUAACUGAACUAAAAGCCUGUUGAGUUUAGACACAGUUAUGAUUGAAUGAAACUGGUGGGCAGAUGCUGAAUUCUGUAAAAACACUAUUUAAAAACUAUUUAUGUAUAAUAUAAUAUAAUAUAAUAUUAUACUAAAAUUAAAGGGCCAAUGACAGGCUUUUAUUAAACUAAACUAAAAGACAUUGAUUGAGUUACAUGAUUAUGAUGUAAUUCAGACUAGGUUUGGGGUUAAGCUUCUCCAUUCUAAAGAAGACCUACUCAUUCAAAAUGGUUUACAGUGGUAAAAAGCAGGUUAUCAUCCCUAACAGCAACAUCAAUUCUAUUAAAAUCUAUUCAUGACAAUAUAGUAAAGUUUUUGAUUUACAGACCCUGUCCACACAUAUCCUGUUGUUUUUAAAAACAGCCGGUUUUUGGAAAACUCUGUCCAAAAGGGCUGCACAAUAAAGCUUUUCAUCAACAUAAUUAUCAUCAAUGUGCAUAAAUGCUGCAAUAGUCACAUGGCAGGACAUGCAAUGUAGGACCCAAUGAUUUUUGAAAUGCAGAGAACACGGACAGAAUCAUAUAACAAUAAAAAUCCACCAGGAAACAAACAAACAAACAAGCACAAAAAUCUGGAUUGGAAUUAAAAAAUCCUGAAUCGAUCUGAGAAAAAAAUAUAUAAUUUUUAUUAUGUGGCAAGGUCACAUGAGGCAAAUUUUACCAUGCAUAUAUUGCCACAAUUUUGAUUUCUCCAAUGGAAUGGAAUGCAUAAUCACUGCUAUCUGGAGAAAUCUGGUGAAAAUUAUUUUUAAUACCACAUAUGUAUAUAUAUAUGUAGACUAACAAACUAUAGGGUCCGGGUUUAUUUUUCCUUUUAAUAUUGUGCAACUUAUUGUCAAAGGUGGAGAUGUCAUGAAAAAAUGCUGACAUGACUGAAACGUUGUGGACAGGGCCUUAAUGACUAUUACCCUAUACAGGGUUAGCAUGCUCCUGCAAACAUCUCUAUGGAUAAAAUAUUUUCAAAAAAUAAAAUUAAGGGAAAUCUUUAUAUUUUAAAAAGCAUCUGCCUUCUGAUUUCUGUUCUGACUGAGUUUGUUGUUUUCUUUUGUUUAUGUAACUGAAGUGAAGGGAAGUGGACAGUGUUGCUGUACGUUGUAACUGAUUGUAUUCUACAGGAGCAGCAGGUUGUGUCUAUUUAAUGCUCUCCAGGUUUAUCCAGGUUUUUCCUGUUUAUAAUUCUAACCCAGCAGAUAUGAUCAGUGAUCAGUGAGUGUUGGAGCAGAAGUGCACCAGGUGUGUAAAAUGUCUCUACUGCUCUGAGUUCAGCAAAACGAUUGUGUUUGGAAGAAAAACUGAGGCAGUAGACUUUUAAAGAAGAUCUUUGGGGAAAAGGUGAAGAACACAGAGGCCAUCAGCUACUACAGCUACAGCAUUUAUCCAGGGAUGACCAACACCAGCACUACUGAACUCUGCUCAAAGCUGUACAUCACUGCUGAGAAGUGCUGAAGGAUUUCUAGUGAAGGUUUCUGAAGGUAGAAAAACUUUCUAAUUCUAAUUUGAUAAGAAUGGCUUGUCAGUGUCAAGCUCCAGUUUUUGUCUGUUGUCUGUCACCAUGUAGGUACUGGUACCUUGUAGUGUGUGAUCAUAUGUUUGCUUUAAAGUGAACGCUUGUUUCAGAGCACUGGAAUGCGUGCUUGGGUUGAAACGUUUUCUUUUUUUAAGAUGGGAAAUUUAUGUAAAAUAAAAUUGCGUAUCUGGAUUCUUCUGUACAGGUUGCCUAUACGUUUCUCUUUAAGAUGAAGGGAUGGCACAAAAUGAUGGAAGUAAACUUUGUGUAUGUGUUUGUUUGGUACAGCAAAUAGUUAUUUUUGCCUUUUUCAACAUUUUCUCUUGAAUAAAAACAAAUAGAAAUUUUGUA